AGGGAACCGGGACUCCGAAUUCUGAGCUCCAGCUCCAGCCCAGCAGGUGGCAGCAGCUCAGAGCAAGCUCCUCCAACGCGAGGCAGCGCCUUCCUUCGCGACCCUACUUAAAGGCGGCUUUCCGUUGGCUGGAGUGGCAGCGAUAUUAUCCAAUGGUUGCCUGUAUUCGUUCAGCUUUGUCGGAUGGGCGAUGGCGCAGCCAAUAGACAGGAGCGCUAUCCGCGGUUUCUGAUUGGCUACUUUGUUCGCAUAUAAAAGGCACGCGCGGGCGCGAGGCCCUUCUCUCGCCAGGCGUCCUCGUGGAAGUGACAUCGUCUUUAAACCCUGCGUGGCAAUCCCUGACGCACCGCCGUGAUGCCCAGGGAAGACAGGGCGACCUGGAAGUCCAACUACUUCCUUAAGAUCAUCCAACUAUUGGAUGAUUAUCCGAAAUGUUUCAUCGUGGGAGCAGACAAUGUGGGCUCCAAGCAGAUGCAGCAGAUCCGCAUGUCCCUUCGCGGGAAGGCUGUGGUGCUGAUGGGCAAGAACACCAUGAUGCGCAAGGCCAUCCGAGGGCACCUGGAAAACAACCCAGCUCUGGAGAAACUGCUGCCUCAUAUCCGGGGGAAUGUGGGCUUUGUGUUCACCAAGGAGGACCUCACUGAGAUCAGGGACAUGUUGCUGGCCAAUAAGGUGCCAGCUGCUGCCCGUGCUGGUGCCAUUGCCCCAUGUGAAGUCACUGUGCCAGCCCAGAACACUGGUCUCGGGCCCGAGAAGACCUCCUUUUUCCAGGCUUUAGGUAUCACCACUAAAAUCUCCAGGGGCACCAUUGAAAUCCUGAGUGAUGUGCAGCUGAUCAAGACUGGAGACAAAGUGGGAGCCAGCGAAGCCACGCUGCUGAACAUGCUCAACAUCUCCCCCUUCUCCUUUGGGCUGGUCAUCCAGCAGGUGUUCGACAAUGGCAGCAUCUACAACCCUGAAGUGCUUGAUAUCACAGAGGAAACUCUGCAUUCUCGCUUCCUGGAGGGUGUCCGCAAUGUUGCCAGUGUCUGUCUGCAGAUUGGCUACCCAACUGUUGCAUCAGUACCCCAUUCUAUCAUCAACGGGUACAAACGAGUCCUGGCCUUGUCUGUGGAGACGGAUUACACCUUCCCACUUGCUGAAAAGGUCAAGGCCUUCUUGGCUGAUCCAUCUGCCUUUGUGGCUGCUGCCCCUGUGGCUGCUGCCACCACAGCUGCUCCUGCUGCUGCUGCAGCCCCAGCUAAGGUUGAAGCCAAGGAAGAGUCGGAGGAGUCGGACGAGGAUAUGGGAUUUGGUCUUUUUGACUAAUCACCAAAAAGCAUCCAACUUAGCCAGCUUUAUUUGCAAAACAAGGAAAUAAAGGCUUACUUCUUUAAAAA